CACCUUUUCAACUCCUCAAAAUGUAUCCAUCUUUUCAAUCUUGGCUUUCAAGUUUCACCAACUCAAAUCUGCUAUGAAACAGAAACAUGAAAUAGAGAAAUAUAUUUCAUCUUUUUAAUCUUGCAUUUCACCAAAUAUAUGAAGUAAAGAAACACACCAUGAACACACUUAUCUUCUUCUUUCUUUUCACAAUUUUCUCCUUCCUCCAAAAUACUUACUCUCAAGGUGACACAAUAACAACUUCACAAUUUCUUAAAGAUGGUCAAACUAUAGUUUCAUCAGAUGGAACAUUUGAAUUGGGAUUUUUCAGUCCACACAAUACUUCUACAAAUCGUUAUGUUUGUAUUUGGUACAAACAAAUAUCAGCUUUUACACCAGUUUGGGUUGCUAACAGACAAGUUCCUGUAAAGGAUACUUCUGGAAUCUUGAAAAUCAUUGAACCAGGUUAUCUUGUUCUGAUUAAUGUUACUAAUGACACUAUAUGGUCUACUAAUACUUCAAGAACUGUGAAAAAUCCAGUUGCACAGUUGCUGGAUACAGGGAAUUUGGUGGUUAGAGAUGUAAAUGAUCAUGACCCUGAUAAUUUCUUGUGGCAAAGCUUUGAUUAUCCUGGUGAUACUUUGUUAGCAAGUAUGAAGCUUGGAUGGAAUUUGGUGACUGGCUUGGAAAGAUAUCUGAGUUCAUGGAAAAGCGAGGACAAUCCUGCUUCUGGGGAUUAUACAUAUCACUGUGAUCCUACUGGUUAUCCGCAGGACCUAAUGAGAAAAGGCCCUAAUGUAGUUUAUAGAGCGGGGCCAUGGAACGGUCUUAGAUGGAGUGGCGCACCAAACAUGGAGAACAACUCGAUCACCUCUUUCGGACUAGUCAUGAACAAUCAGGAAAUUUACUACAAGUACGAACUAGUAAAUAAAUAUGUCGUUUCAACUUUUAGGCUAAGGCCUAAUGGCAACGCGAUGCGUAUGAUUUGGGUGGAAAACAAAAAGGGUUGGAUUAACUACCAUUCAGCGGAUGCAGAUCAUUGUGAAACUUACAAUUUAUGUGGUGCAUAUGGCACUUGCAUGAUCUUUACCGAUCCUGUGUGUCGUUGUUUGGAUAAAUUCGUUCCGAAGCAUCCGGAUGAUUGGAACAGGGCUGAUUGGUCUAGCGGCUGUGUCCGGAAUCAUCCACUGAAUUGUUCGGAAGAUGGAUUUAUAAAGUAUUCGGGUGUUAAAUUGCCAGAUACUCGGAAUUCUUGGUUUAAUGAGACUAUGAAACUUGAUGAAUGCAAGGUAGUUUGCUCGAGAAAUUGUUCAUGUAUGGGAUAUACUAAUCUUGACAUCAGGUACGGGGGAAGUGGGUGCUUGCUAUGGAUCGGGGAGCUCGUUGACAUCAGACAGCUAUCGGAAUCAGGACAGGAUAUUUAUAUUAGGAUGGCUGCUUCUGAGAUAAGUACUAAUGAUGGCUCGAAUAGAAACAAAAGUGUUAUACUUGCAAUAGCUUUGCCAUUAUUGGUCGCAACGGCCCUUCUAGUAGUAGGAGUAUGUCUAAUUCUUCGUAGACAGAAAAAGAAAGCGGAAACAGCCCUCAUAAAAAAGGGGAUAUUGGAUGAAAACAAUGGCAAAGAUAAUCACAGUCAAAUUCUCGGUGAAGCUUUUGAGCUACCACUCUUUGACUUAUCCGCAAUAAUGAAGGCUACUGAUAACUUUUCACCUCAGAACAAGAUUGGAGCGGGCGGCUUUGGAAAAGUUUACAAGGGCGUGCUAGAAGGGGGACAGGAAGUAGCUGUGAAGCGGCUCUCAGUAACUUCCAGACAAGGAAACAAAGAGUUCAAGAACGAAGUCAUCUUCAUUGCAGAACUUCAGCAUCGGAAUCUCGUGAAGCUUCUCGGAUGCUGCAUUCAAGAAGAAGAGAAGAUAUUGGUCUUGCGUGCACCUCGACUAAUUCCACAGGAUACCUGCUACCUCCCACCAGGAACAGAUCAAAGAAGGAGCACAUUACUUGAUUGGCCUAAGCGUUUCAACAUUAUCAACGGGAUUGCUCGGGGACUUAUGUAUCUUCAUGAAGAUUCUAGGCUAAGAAUCAUCCACAGAGACCUGAAAGCUAGCAAUGUCUUGCUUGAUAUUGAAAUGAACCCAAAGAUAUCGGAUUUCGGGUUGGCUAGAAGUUUUGGAGGGAAUGAAACAGGAGCCAAUACAAGUCGAGUUGUUGGAACAUAUGGUUACAUGUCCCCGGAGUAUGCAGUCGAUGGGAUUUUCUCAGUAAAAUCAGAUGUUUUUAGCUUUGGCGUAUUGGUACUAGAAAUUGUGAGCGGAAAGAAGAACAGAAGAUUCAUUCAUCCGGACCACAAUCUCAACCUCAUUGGACAUGCAUGGAUGCUUCAUAGAGAAGGAAGAUCAUUGGAAAUAGUAGAUCCCGACCUGGUUGGAUCAUGUCAUAUAUCUGAAUUGCAACGAUCGAUACAUGUGGGAUUGUUAUGUGUUCAACAAAGUCCAGAGGACAGGCCAAAAAUGUCUACUGUGGUUCUGAUGCUGACAAAUGAAGGCAUUUUGCCACAACCAAAACCACCAGGUUUUUUCACAGAAAGAAACAUAGAUGACGCCACUGGAUAUUCUUCAAGCAACCAAACACCCUAUUCUGUCAAUGAUGUAACCAUCACUUUGUUGGACGCUCGGUAGAAAUAGUAGUGUACACAGAAUUUUGCACAAGCAAUAUCAGCCUGUAGCCACAAUUAGGCUUUUAUUUCCUUUUGAGUCAAUAUAAACAGUGGUGUACACAGAAUUGUGCGCGAGCAGUAUCGACCUAUUGUCACAGUUCCGCUUUUACUUCCUUAUGAACUGCUCCUAAUGUUUACUUAGACAGUAGUACAGACAGAGCCUUGCGCAAGCAGUAUCGGCCUAUUGUCAUAGUUCGACUUUUACUUCCUUCCGAAUUAAUAUGUACUUUGUAUUAUAGUGUAUAUUCAUUUUUUUAAAUGUUCCAUUGUUUACACACAUUAUGUAAAGAAACUUAUUACGAAGUGGUGUCAGAUGACAUCUCCCCGGAUACAGAGGUAACAUAUAUUUAUUAC